AUUCAUUCUUCCGUAGCGAUAUUUAAGACAACGCAUUCUUAAUCACCGCCUCUUUUACAUCAUCCAAGGCCACGUGUGCAACUUAUCACUGUUGAAUCGCUCGGCAACUUUUCAAAUAUGCCUCCAAAGAAGGACGAAAAGAUCCACAUCAAUAUUGUCGUCAUCGGUCAUGUCGACUCUGGAAAAUCAACUUCUACUGGACAUUUGAUCUACAAAUGUGGUGGUAUAGACAAGCGUACAAUCGAAAAAUUCGAGAAAGAAGCUGCSGAGAUGGGCAAAGGUUCUUUCAAGUAUGCUUGGGUAUUGGACAAACUUAAGGCCGAGCGCGAGAGAGGUAUCACCAUUGAUAUCGCCCUGUGGAAAUUCCAAACUAGCAAAUAUGACAUUACCAUCAUUGAUGCYCCUGGCCAUCGUGAUUUCAUCAAGAACAUGAUCACUGGAACAUCACAGGCUGACUGUGCUGUCUUGAUUGUUGCUUCUGGAACUGGUGAAUUCGAAGCUGGUAUUUCAAAGAACGGCCAAACCAGAGAGCACGCYCUUCUCUCUUACACCCUUGGUGUUAAACAGAUGAUUGUGGGAUGUAACAAAAUUGACAGCACYGAGCCACCAUACAGCGAGCCCCGAUUCAACGAAAUCAAGAAAGAAGUAUCAAAUUUCUUGAAGAAGACCGGCUAUAACCCAAAAGCUGUCAUCUUUGUACCAAUCUCAGGAUGGCACGGUGAUAACAUGAUUGAACCAUCGACAAAGAUGCCUUGGUUCAAGGGAUGGACUGUUGAACAGGUCUUAGAAAAAGGCAAGGAACCUAAGGUUUCAAAGGGCAACACCCUCCUAGAAGCUCUUGACACUAUCAUCCCCCCAAAGAGACCCACUGACAAGCCUCUUCGACUUCCUCUUCAAGAUGUGUACAAGAUUGGAGGUAUUGGAACUGUCCCAGUUGGCCGUGUGGAGACCGGUAUCUUGAAGCCUGGUAUGGUUGUCACUUUUGCACCAACCGCAAUCACUACUGAAGUCAAGUCUGUCGAGAUGCAUCACGAGGCUCUCACUGAAGCCAUCCCCGGAGACAAUGUUGGUUUCAACAUCAAGAAUGUCUCCGUGAAAGAGAUCAAAAGAGGAAAUGUUGCUGGUGACAGCAAAGCUUCACCACCAAAAGCAGCUGAGAACUUUGAUGCCCAGGUAAUUAUCCUGAAUCACCCUGGUGAGAUCCAUGUUGGAUAUUCCCCAGUGCUGGACUGUCAUACCAGUCAUAUUGCCUGCAAGUUUGCUGAAUUCAAGGAGAAGAUCGACAAGCGAUCUGGUAAAAAACUUGAAGAAAACCCUAAAAUGUACAAAUCGGGAGAAGCUGGUAUUAUCACUCUAAUCCCAUCCAAGCCAAUGUGCGUGGAGGCAUUCUCAGAAUUCCCACCCCUUGGACGUUUUGCUGUCCGUGACAUGAAGCAGACAGUUGCCGUCGGUGUUAUUAAGUCUGUUAAAUACAAGGAAGGAGGUGCAGGAAAGGUCACCAAGGCCGCACAGAAAGCCGGCAAGAAGAAGUAAAGGCAGUAAUUACAUCAUAUUAAAAUGCAGUUCAUGUUGUAAUUUUGUUUGGUUUUGGUAUUGUCACGACUCGAGAAGCGAGUUAAAGCGACUAUUAAAAUAGACAGAAUCCUUAA